AUGGAUGAGGCUGACAAACGGAGCAUUGAAAAGCAAUCAACGGAAAACAAGUUAGCAAAACGAUGCGAGACGCUAAGAAAUCACGAAGACGUAUCAGGUGAUCUUACCAUCACUUUAGCCGUCAGUAGCGGCCACGUAGAAAUGAGACGUGGUCGCCGAUCCACGAGGCGUAGGCAGAAGAGACACAGGAGCCGAUCCCGGUCCAGUCGCCGUCGGAGUAGGAGACGGGGUAGCGUUAGGGGUACCGAAGAAAAAUACGGAGGAGAUGACUACGACAUGACUACAGACACCGAAGAAGGCGACGAUGACUCGAAAACGGUGGACACGACUGCCAGUCGAGAUGGCGACGGGAGGGCAGUCGGCGACGUCGCCUUCAAUAUCAGACCAGUGGUAGUGAUGACGACGAUAACACCGACGCAGAGGAUACCGAUGCACAGACCAACGGCAGCGGUGGUAGAAUUUUCACGACAGCAGACACCAAGUGCGGAAAUCCUUGUGGAAGCAGACGUCGCCGGAGAAGGAAGAGAAGGAGCAGGUCCUCGAUUAAAUGGACGAUGGGGUACAAGAAGAGGAGAAGUAGAAGAAGAAGGAGAAGGAGAAGGAGAAGGAGAAGGAGAAGGAGAAGGAGAAGGAGAAGGAGAAGGAGAAGGAGAAGGAGAAGUAUUAGUUGUUGCUGUGUCGCCGGCCUUGGCAGAGGCGUGUGGAAUAACAGGCCACAUAUUAUGCACCACUUCUAAUAGCACUGAACCUGACAGAGCCGAUAGCACUCAGGAAGAUACCUGA